UUGGAUUAAUGUGAUCGAAGAUAGUCGCCGACUGAUUCAUAAUUAGGGUUUUUGAGGUCUCCAAGAGCAAUAACUUUUUCGCAGCACAAAGUCCAGAGCCCGUCCUCGUUAGAUUCGUUAAUCUCUCGUUCUCGCAGUUGGAAUUUUUUCGAAGCCGAUUUCGGGAAGCAGUAGCUAAUACACUUGAGAAGAUGCAGAACGAAGAGGGUCAAAACAUGGAUCUCUAUAUUCCCAGGAAAUGUUCGGCUACAAAUAGGCUGAUUACUUCAAAGGACCAUGCGUCUGUUCAGAUAAACAUUGGUCAUGUUGAUGAGAAUGGCAUUUACACUGGGCAAUUUUCUACAUUUGCGCUUUGCGGUUUUGUCCGAGCUCAGGGAGACGCCGACAGUGCAUUGGACCGGCUCUGGCAGAAGAAGAAGGUUGAAGUCCGACAGCAGUAGUAUUAUGAUUCUACGAUCAUUUGUCAGCUUCUGCACUAGAGUUUCUUUUUGGGGAUUUCAACUUUCUAUUUUGUUCCAAUGACCACUGACUAUUGCAAUUGGUUGUCUAGCUUUUUUGAUGUGUUAUCUCUUUGAAUGAGGCGGUUUUUCUUUCAUACAUUUAACAUUAAAAUGAUAACAUGUCCUGUCAAAAAGAAUUAAAAUGAUUUGGUGAUUAUUGUUCUGCCAAAAGUUUUCUGCAUAUGCCCCGUACUUUUUAUCGACUUAUGCUUGAGGCUUGUAUGUAAUUUGAAGUUUGUGAAUCAAAAUCAUCUACAGGAUUGCUCUAA